AAACAACAACAAACAACAAAAAAAAACAGCAAAAAAAACAUCACAAAAGGGGAAAUGAGAUGAAGUGGUUUCAAGUGGCAUUAGAUAUGAUUCUUGUGCUUUCAUUCAUAUCAAGCAGCACAUCGAAUCCCGAUGCUAAACGUCUAUACGACGAUCUUCUCAGUAAUUACAACAAAUUAGUGCGACCCGUUGUCAAUGUAACCGACGCUCUAACCGUACGUAUCAAACUGAAAUUAUCGCAAUUGAUUGAUGUCAAUUUGAAAAAUCAAAUCAUGACAACCAAUUUAUGGGUGGAACAAUCGUGGUACGAUUAUAAACUACAGUGGGAGCCAAAGGAAUAUGGUGGUGUCGAAAUGUUGCAUGUGCCCAGUGAUCAUAUAUGGCGACCGGAUAUUGUCUUGUACAAUAAUGCUGAUGGUAAUUUCGAAGUAACUUUAGCUACAAAGGCCACACUCAACUAUACAGGACGUGUUGAAUGGCGACCACCUGCUAUUUAUAAAAGUUCCUGCGAAAUUGAUGUCGAAUAUUUUCCUUUCGAUGAACAGACGUGUGUUAUGAAAUUUGGCAGUUGGACAUAUGAUGGGUUUCAGGUUGAUUUACGCCAUAUUGAUGAAUUAAAUGGUACAAAUAUUGUUGAAGUUGGUGUAGAUUUAUCAGAGUUUUAUACAUCCGUAGAAUGGGAUAUUUUAGAAGUACCUGCAGUAAGAAACGAAAAAUUUUAUACCUGCUGCGAUGAACCCUAUUUGGAUAUAACAUUUAAUAUAACCAUGCGCCGAAAAACCCUUUUCUAUACGGUUAAUCUUAUUAUACCCUGUAUGGGCAUUAGUUUUUUAACAAUUUUGGUAUUUUAUUUGCCAUCUGAUAGUGGUGAAAAAGUCUCAUUAAGCAUAUCCAUUUUACUGUCGUUGACUGUGUUCUUCUUGCUGCUUGCGGAAAUUAUUCCGCCAACAUCGUUAGUUGUGCCGCUUUUAGGGAAAUUUGUACUUUUUACAAUGAUACUCGACACAUUCAGUAUAUGUGUUACGGUGGUAGUACUUAAUAUACAUUUUCGUUCGCCGCAAACACACACUAUGGCACCGUGGGUGCGUACAGUGUUUAUCAAUCAACUGCCACGGUUUCUGGUAAUGCGACGACCGCUUUAUCCCAUUGGUGAAAUGAUUAAAACAUCACGACAACUUAUGUUGCGAACCUGUAAUGGACUCGAACUUAGGGAUCAAAUACCACCGCUGCCACCACCCGUAGCCUUAUCACGACUACACCACAGUCCACACAAAACUUCACGUAGCACCUCGCCACACCUACAACAUCGAGUACAAAGCCUCAAUAUGCUGGACGAGGUUAGUGGGGCGUACGGCGGUAGUUGUGUGGUUGGCGGUGCCUCCACAAUAACGGGUAACUGUUCGAUCAUGUACCCCUCCACUAUGAAUCAAGAGACUUCAACAACCAGCUCGCUGGUGGACACGCUACAUCACAGUCAAUACCAGCAAACGGGUGGCUCGCUACUGGAUCAUCCUCUAACGCCAACGAAAUUUCGUCAGAAAGCCUCGACAGCGGUACAAACGAAUGGACUUACUAUGGAAUCCUCAACAUCUCAGUACAGUGGCUAUGGCACAAUACAUCAUCAGCAUCAUCAGCCGCCACUACAUCAACAACAGCAUCAUGGCGCGAAUUCGGCCAAAUCUUCAUCCACCACCACACUCCACCAACAGCACUCGCAUCCCUAUCAUUUGUAUCGCCAACAGUCGACAUGUUCGGCGAACUUUUCGCCUGUGCCUGCACCCCUGCAUCCGCAUCAACAGCAUCAGUCGACCACGACUUGUGACCUGAUAGGCAAUACCAAUCCGAAUGUGAUAAAAUCUACCACCACCGUCAAUUCGGUGGCCACCGCCUCCACACUGGCGGGGUCCUGUUGCAGUGUGAACGGUGCAGUGCAGAUCCAUCAGGGUCUGGGCGCGGGUGCGGCUUGUGAUUCGGCCGCCAAUCGAACUCAACAAACGGGUGUGCAAACUACUACUACUACAACUUCAACUGCCAGAAGUGUGGGCACCGGUGACGGCGAUGUUCUGCCCGAGUGCCAGCGUGAAGGUGGCACUCAUUGUUGUUCGUCGAGUAAAAGUCGCGUACGACAUCGCUGGCACAAGUGUCCCGAGCUGCACAAGGCCAUGGAUGGUGUAACCUAUAUAGCGGAUCAGACGCGCAAAGAGGAGGAGAGUACUAGGGUUAAAGAAGAUUGGAAAUAUGUGGCCAUGGUAUUGGAUCGUCUUUUCUUAUGGAUUUUCACAAUUGCUGUAGUUUUUGGAACAGCCGGUAUCAUUUUACAGGCACCAACAUUGUACGAUACACGCGUACCAAUCGAUGUUAAAUUAUCAGAAAUUGCAUCAACAACAGCCAAACCGAACAUUGCCAAACCUGUGUUGUAAAUAUUAAAUAAA